AUGGAGGAGAAAAAGACAAAGCUCCACACAAGUUUCCUGUAUCUUGGCAAAAACUGCCAUGUGGUUCUUGCCUUCAUGGCCACCAAGCCAGGGAACAAGACAAGGAAACUCUUAGGAAAACCACUGACCAACUCCAUUGUCUUAGCCUGUCCCCUGGUCCAAGCCGUUCUUUGUGCCACCUGGUUGGGAACCUCUCUCCUGUUUCCCAACCUGGAUUUCCACUCCUUAAUGGGAGAGAUUAUCUUGGAAUGCCCAACACCCAAUUUCACCUUGACUCUCGAAUUUAUAGCCAAGAACUACCAGCACUUCAUGGCCUUAGUCUUUGCAAUCACAGAGAUCAACAAUGAUUUGCUUCUGCUACCCAACAUCACCCUUGGCUUCAAUAUCUAUAGCAAUUUCCAGAUUGAGAUGUCAAUUUCCUCAAACAGCCUCUCCCUGCUCUCCACACGAAGCCGAAUGGUUCCUGGUUAUAAAUGUGACCGGAAGGACCCUCUGCUCUCCGUCAUUGGAGGUCUCAACUCUAAAUCCUCAAGGCUGAUGGCCUCCAUCUUAAGGUUCCAAAGGGCUCCCUCAGGCCAGGAUUUCACCAUUAACAAAGAUGCAAUCACCUGGACCACAAAGGAAGUGCCCUUUGCCAGGUGUGGCAAGAAGAGAUGCCAGGCAGGAGAGAGGAGAAGAGUUCCAGAGGGUGAGCAGGUUUGCUGCUACCUGUGUGACCCUUGUCCAGAAGGGACCAUUUCUAACCAGUCAGAUGCAGCCCACUGUGAUCCUUGCCCAGAAGACCAAUUUCCCAACAAGGAUAAGGACUACUGCAUUGCCAAGAAGAUCCACUUCCUUGCCUAUCAAGACACCCUGGGAUACACUUUAGCAUCUCUCGUUCUUUGUCUCUCUUUGAUCACAUUGGCAGUUCUGGCAAUUUUCAUUAUGCAUCGUGACACACCGAUUGUCAAGGCCAACAAUCGAGAUCUCACCUACAUCCUUCUGGUCUCCCUCCUGCUCUGCUUCCUCUGCUCCUUCCUCUUCAUUGAUCAACCUGGGAAGGUCACCUGUCUCAUACGACAAUCUGCCUUUGCCAUUCUCUUUUCCCUGGCAGUUUCCUCUGUCUUGGCAAAAACUGUCAUGGUGGUUCUGGCCUUCAUGGCCACCAAGCCAGGGAACAAGACAAGGAAACUCUUAGGAAAACCACUGACCAACUCCAUUGUCUCAGUCUGUCCCCUGAUCCAAGGAAUUCUUUGUGCCACCUGGCUGUUAAUCUCUCCCCCAUUUCCCAACUUGGAUUUCCAUUCCUUGGUGGGAGAGGCCAUCUUGGAAUGUAACGAAGGCUCAACUUCGAUGUUUUACACUGUCCUCUCCUACCUAGGUUUUUUGGCCUUCAUCAGUUUCACAGUGGCCUUUCUAGCUAGGAAAUUGCCUGACAGCUUUAACGAAGCCAAGUUCAUUACUUUUAGCAUGCUGAUUUUUUGCAGCGUUUGGAUCACCUUCCUCCCCACCUACCUGAGCACCAAAGGGAAGUCCAUGGUGGCUGUGGAGAUCUUCUCCAUCUUGGCCUCUGGAGCUGCUCUCUUGGCUUGUAUCUUUUUCCCCAAAUGCUUCAUUAUCCUAUUUAGGCCCCAUCUGAAUUGCAGAGAAAAUAUGAUAAGACACAAGAAUUUCUAA